AUGGCUGACCUCGGCGCCGAUCCCAACGCCGCGUACGGCGCCGUCUACUCGCCGUCCUUCCUGACCUUGUUCUACGACAAGUACGUCCUGGGCUUCAACAUGAGGUACAUCUGGAAGUGCUCGACAAACGACGUCCUCCUUCCCUUCUUCGCCGAGAACUUCUCGCGCAACCACCUCGACUGCGGCGUCGCCACGGGCUGGUUCCCCGCCGCCGCCCUCGCCCGGCCCUUCCGCGCCGACAGCAAGCAGCACCUCACCCUCCUCGACCUGACGGCGAACCCGCUGCGGGCCGCCAAGGCGCGCGUCCUGGCCGUCGCGACCAACACCGACGUCCGCUGCGUCGAGGCCGACGUCACGGAGCCGCCGCCCAAGCAGCUCCUCGGCGAGCGCUUCGACUCCAUCUCCAUGUUCAACCUGUUCCACUGCAUGCCCGGCGGCAGGGCCAAGCUGCGCGCCCUCGGCAUGUACAAGGAGCUGCUGAGCGACGACGGCGUGCUGUCGGGCUGCACCGUGCUCGGCCCCAACGCGUCCACCGGCUGGCUCACGAGGUUCCAGCUCCGCUGGUACAACAAGUGGUGGGGCAUCUUCCACAACUGGGACGACGAGAAGGAGCACGUCCAGGAGGCGCUGGACCACGAGUUCGAGGAGGUCGAGACCUGGGUCAUUGGGCAGCUGAUGCUCUUCCGCGCCAAGAAGCCGAGGAAGCCGCUCUUGGAUGUUUGA